CGUGGGAAGGUUUUAGAAGGGGGCAGAGCUCUACCCGGAAGUGUCUCGCGGCUGAGCACUCUGUCAUUUGGCCACGGUCGGUUCUGAGGAGAGGGACAGCAACAGCAAAGAAACGCAGGAACAAGUCAGUUGGAUAGAGAGAAGAAAAAAAAUACAGGAAUCCUUUAAACAAUGAAACCGACAGAAUAAGCCACUACAGUCAACUAGUAUUGAAUUCGUUUUAAACAUUUAAUUCAAUGACAUUAUUUUUAAUUUUUAUACAAGCAAGGUUAGCGGCUCGCGAGAGAGAGCUGUGUCAUUGAGCAGGCAGGACACGUCAGGAGAGGAGAGAAAAGCUGGUUAGCCAUAACUAGCUACUAUAUGAACGAAAGCCAUAAAAGUACCAUAUCGCUUGUCAUAAACUUGAUUUUCACAAUUUUAUCAGACGCAUCGAGAUUGCCGGUUGACUACAGGACGGAUCGAGUCGUCGCCUGGAUCAAGGGUAACGUUAGCGACCAAAAGGACGUAAAGAUCACGGGAUAGCACAUAUUGUGUGGGGGAAAGCAAAUGGGGGAUUACGGGUUUGGAGUCUUAGUGCAAAACAACACUGGCAACAAGUCUGCAUUCCCAGUUAGAAUUCACCCACAUCUGCAACCUCCACAUCAUCAUCAGAAUGUGUCUCCAAGCCCUGCUGCUUUCAUAAACAAUACCACAUCUGGUAAUGGCAGUAGCAGUGGGUCGCCUUGGCUGUUUUCAGCCACAGCUGCCCACAGCAGCAUGCAAGAUGAAAUUCUUGGGUCUGAAAAGCCCAAAGCCCAGCAACAGGAAAUGCAAGAAACGCAAGAAAAGCAGCAACUGUCCCCUGGCCACCAGGAGUCUGUAAUCAUAUCUGAGUUAGAGAAGGCGAGGUCCGAGGAGAACAAGGUGGAGGGCAGCCCCUCAGAGGGUAGUAAUGGAAAGGAGAAGCUGCGCCUCGAGUCCCCAGUACUGACAGGCUUCGACUACCAAGAGACAUCGGGUCUUGGGGCUCCGGUCCAGUCCAGUACCUCCUCGUCCCUGACCGGCUUCAACAACUGGUCAGCGGCUAUUUCCCAGACACCCUCCACCAUCAUCAACGAGGAUGUCAGCUUCUUCAACCCAGCUGCCUCUGCUAACAAUGGGGCCCUCCUGUUCCAGAAUUUCUCCCACCACACCAGCCCAGGCUUUGGGGGAAACUUCUCCCCCCAGAUUGGACCCAUCUCCCAGCACCAUCCCCCACAUCCACACUUUCAGCACCCACACAACCAACACCAACAACACCGCAGGUCCCCAGCCAGCCCCCACCCUCCUCCCUUCCCCCAUAGGAAUGCUCCGUUCAGCCAGUUGCCCCAUUUGUCCAAUAAUCUGAAUAAACCCCCGUCACCUUGGGGUAGCUACCAAAGCCCUGCUCCCUCUCCCUCCUCUACCUCCUGGAGUCCCGGCGGGGGCUAUGGUGGCUGGGGAGGCUCCCAGGGGCGUGAGUACCGUCGGGGCCUCAACGGAGGCAUGACCCCCCUGAACUCAAUCUCCCCACUAAAGAAAACCUUCCCCAACAACCACGUGCCGUCGCAGAAGUACUCCCGCACCAGCCCUGGUUUCAACCCCAAAUCCUGGAUGGACGAGAGUGUGAGCAGGAGUGACAACAUCUUUCCCUUCCAGGAGCGCACCAGAUCCUUUGAUGGCUUCAACAUGCAUUCCCUGGAGAACUCUCUCAUUGACAUCAUGAGGGCCGAGCAAGAUACCCUGAAAGGUCGCCUAGGAUUCACCCAUCCAGGGGGAGAUAGUCCUCUGCCCAUAAAUGCAAGGAAUUAUGGGAGGAGACGAGGUCACUCUUCCCUGUUCCCCAUGGAGGAUGGUUUCCCUGACGAUGAGCGUGGUGAGCAGAGCCUGCCUGGCCUUGGCUCGCCCCACUGCUUCCCCCACCAGAAUGGGGAGCGUGUUGAGCGUUACUCCCGCAAGGUCUUUGUCGGUGGCCUCCCGCCAGAUAUUGAUGAAGACGAAAUAACUGCAAGUUUCCGUCGCUUUGGACAUCUCUUUGUGGACUGGCCUCACAAGGCAGAGAGCAAAUCUUACUUUCCCCCGAAAGGUUAUGCCUUCCUGCUGUUCCAGGAUGAGAGCUCUGUGCAGGCCCUGAUUGAAGCCUGUAUUGAAGAGGACGGCAAGCUCUACCUGUGUGUGUCCAGCCCCACCAUCAAAGACAAGCCGGUCCAGAUCCGUCCCUGGAACCUGAACGACAGUGACUUUGUGAUGGACGGCUCCCAGCCUCUGGACCCCAGGAAGACCAUCUUUGUGGGUGGGGUGCCACGCCCUCUCCGUGCAGUGGAGCUGGCUAUGAUCAUGGACAGGCUGUAUGGAGGCGUGUGCUAUGCAGGCAUCGACACAGACCCGGAGCUCAAGUACCCCAAGGGAGCAGGGCGGGUCGCCUUCUCUAAUCAGCAGAGCUACAUUGCUGCUAUCAGCGCUCGUUUUGUCCAACUGCAGCAUGGAGAAAUCGAUAAACGGGUGGAAGUGAAGCCAUACGUCUUGGACGACCAGUUGUGUGAUGAGUGUCAGGGAACUCGGUGCGGGGGCAAGUUUGCCCCUUUCUUCUGCGCCAACGUCACCUGUCUCCAGUAUUACUGUGAAUACUGCUGGGCGGCCAUCCACUCACGCGCUGGUCGGGAGUUCCACAAGCCACUGGUCAAGGAGGGAGGAGACCGGCCUAGGCACAUCUCCUUCCGCUGGAACUGAGAGAGAGGCAGAGGGGGGAGUAGGAGUCGCAAAAUCAUUGUACAAAUAAAUGCACUUUUCUGUUGCUGGUUCCUUUUUAACUCUAAUUUGGGGAAAAAAAGCUUAAUUUUAAAUUAAUAUUUCUUUUAAAGAUGAGGAAAUAUGUUAAGAAAGGAAAAGAAAAUGUGUAUCCCAUGUGAAAUCCCAUUCUCUUGACUUUCUCCAGUUGCUUUUAUAUUUUAUUAGAAUAGAAUUUGGAAAGAUUAGGCUUUCAAUUGUCACCUUACUAUCCAAUUGGUGUGUCAUUGACCAUCAACUUCAAAGCAGUAUGUUCAGUUCAAAUGUUCAUCCAAUAGGCUCCAGAGCAGAAGUUCAUCCCAUAGGCUCCAGAGCAGAAGUUCAUCCAAUAGGCUCCAGAGCAGAAGUUCAUCCCAUAGGCUCCAGAGCAGAAGUUCAUCCCAUAGGCUCCAGAGCAGAAGUUCAUCCCAUAGGCUCCAGAGCAGAAGUUCAUCCCAUAGGCUCCAGAGCAGAAGUUCAUCCCAUAGGCUCCAGAGCAGAAGUUCAUCCCAUAGGCUCCAGAGCAGAAGUUCAUCCAAUAGGCUCCAGAGCAGAAGUUCAUCCCAUAGGCUCCAGAGCAGAUGUUAAUAGCAAAGGUGUUGCUAAAGAAGAGUGCACUUAUUUCUUUAUUUUAGAGUGCAUAAUAUAAAGUCUCAGUAGUUAACCAAAGCUUAAUCUCAAUUGGUUUGAAAAAGAAACAAGUACAGAAACUUUGAUUAUUUCCCAGAUCAGAUGUUUGAAUAUUUUUUUAUUUUUUUUUAGAGACCAUGCUAAUAUUUGAUGUUACUUGACAAGAUCCAUUUCACAACAGGCGUUCUGGUUUGAUCUCCAUUUUGACAUGCAAAAACUAAUACCUCAAGCUUAGCUGCUAAUGUGACGAAUAAGUUAAAGUAAGCUGGUAUCCCUCUUCCCUUAGGACCACAAUCAAAGGGAAACGGCGUCAGCAAAAAGACACAUUUUUAUAGACGCUGCUUUGUCACUUCUUUAUUUUUGUAAUCCGACCCAAGGUUGUACUAAGAAUGAACAGAGCAUUUUAUUGGGGAAUGUAUGGCGUUGGAGGUCCCUGAGACCCUCAGCGCUGGCCCGUAUAGAGAUAAGUGACCCCCCCUCUGUGUCUGAGGCCAUGCUAGCUAGGAGAGGAGAGGCUAGUGCCUAGUUCUCAUCAGGGCUGCACGUGAGCAGAAAGCCCUGUUUUUCGUGUAUUAUUAUUGCGUUGGUGCAAAUCUCCCAAUCCUUUAUUCACAACCGUAUUCUGUUUUUAACCCCCCUCAAAAAGAGAAAUGAAUUACAAAAGUCAGGCUUGUCAUCAACACAUUUCCAUCUAGAGGAGGAUGCUGUUACUAGACCUGCAGACCUCUCUUCCUGUGCCCAGCCCAGCUAACUCAGCCAGUGUUCUAAGCAUAAAUGAAGAUAGUCCAUGCGAUGUGCUCUACUACGUGCGUCCCACAAUGCAGUUCACUCACUCAAACAAGACUGCAAUAAAGAGGUUAUACCUAGAUGCUUUAGGGAACCAAAGUCGGCUGUGCAGUAGUGCGUAAUACAGUAUUUCAGUUUUUCUGAGUUAAUUAUUAUUUUUCUUACGAAGACCAGAUGGACUACAUCAAACCAAAGAUUGGCCUUGAAUAGAUAACAGUGCAGUCAAAAUCCAGGAAAACACUAGUGAAAACAACUGGAUUUAUUCAGUUUACAGACACCCAGGAUUUUUCACCAGUCAAUCCCUUCAUUUCCAAAGGUCAAAAUGGAGACGUUUGUUGCUAGGCAGUUGUGUAACUUGAAUAGGUCUGCAACAGGUUUGGGGAAAUGAACACAAAAAGCUAAACAAAAGGCUCACAUUUGGUUUGGUUAUUAUAGUCAUACAGUAUCUGAAUAGCGUUUUAAUAUGUCAGGGAGGGAGUGCUGAAAUAGAAUUUAACACACUAGUGAAAACCGUAUCCUUGUGUUGGCUUGAUGGUGUUCUACUGCACCAAUUCUGCACCAUGACUUUAGCUUGCUGGUGUUCUACUGCACCAGUUCUACACCAUGACUUUAGCUUGCUGGUGUUCUACUGCACCAGUUCUACACCAUGACUUUAGCUUGCUGGUGUUCUACUGCACCAUGACUUUAGCUUGCUGGUGUUCUACUGCACCAGUUCUACACCAUGACUUUAGCUUGCUGGUGUUCUACUGCACCAGUUCUACACCAUGACUUUAGCUUGCUGGUGUUCUACUGCACCAAUUCUGCACCAUGACUUUAGCUUGCUGGUGUUCUACUGCACCAGUUCUACACCAUGACUUUAGCUUGAUGGUGUCCUACUGCACCAGUUCUACACCAUGACUUUAGCUUGCUGGUGUUCUACUGCACUAGUUUGCACCAUGACUUUAGCUUGCUGGUGUUCUACUGCACCAGUUCUACACCAUGACUUUAGCUUGCUGGUGUUCUACUGCACCAGUUCUACACCAUGACUUUAGCUUGCUGGUGUUCUACUGCACCAGUUCUACACCAUGACUUUAGCUUGCUGGUGCUCUACUGCACCAAUUCUGCACCAUGACUUUAGCUUGCUGGUGCUCUACUGCACCAAUUCUGCACCAUGACUUUAGCUUGCUGGUGUGGUGGAUAAACAUUUUAGUAGUUAAACACUUUUUGAAGAAUUUGCUGUUAAUGAGAGAAAAAAAGAUUAUUUUAUACAUGGCCUGCUGAUUUUUGGUACAGUGUUUUCUAGCUAAAUUAUUUUGUCAUGCACAUAUAAACAUUUUAUGCACUACUUUUCUAAAUAUUUUUUUUUUCUUCCCAACAGUCAUUUUAGGCACAUUUUUCACAAAUGGGGAAAACUCCUUUUUGCAAUACCUCAAUUUUUCACAUUGUGAAAGGUAGCUUUUGUACUUUUGUUACUGAGAGAUCUGCAUAUAUGGACACUUUUCAUUUAACGAAAAAAAUGUAGUGAUUUCGAUAUAUAUUAUUUUCAGUUAUGCUUUUUUCUACAUUUCAGUGCUGAGGAAUCUUCACAACCAAGUAGCGUACGUGCAUUGACGCGACUUCCGAAACGGCAGAGGAACGAUCAGUGUACUGCUUAAAGGUCUUAGAUCUUAUACACGAGAUGUUUCACAAAAAUCAGAUCUUAACAGCAUGGCGAGGACAAAGUUGUCAUUUAAAAUUUGAAUGUUAUUGUUUAAAAAAAAUGGCCAUCCUAGUUGGGGAAAAUGGUAACUUCUCUUUUUGGUUUCCUCACCAUAGCUGGAAUAUAACUAUUAUAAGGAUAAUGCAAAUUAUGGUUCAUGCUUCGGCUGAAUCUCGUAUCACAAGAAUGGAUGUUUGGUGUUUAGAUAUUUUAACAUUUGAAAAUAUAUAUUCUUGAACUUGCCAAUUAGCUCCUAUUGUAAUCCUUAGCAUGCAUGAUGAAAAAAAGAUAAGUACAUGAAUUAGCUAUUGAAUUUGAUUGUUGUGGUUGUGCACCAGAUGUUUCUCAACUUUAAUUUGUUAAGGACACCCCACACCUCACUUCCCUCCCAUGUGUUAAUAUCUUUGCCUUCUCCAUACUCAGACCUCUGCAGGAUGCAAAGAAAAAAAAAGAUGAGAAAAUAAGAAAAAAAACUAACUCUAAAAUCUAUUUUAGCAGUGGAGGACUUGAGCAUCUUAUAGGACACUGUUGAAAAGACUUGAUAACUUAUCUCCACUGUCUGUUGAGGUAAUUCAACCUAGUUGGAGGAAGGGGAACAUUAAGACUUGAAUGUGAUAAAUGUUGCAAGUUAACUUCGAGUUGUUAUGUGCAAUACAUUUUAUUUUAUUUUUUUUACUUUUUUCCAGAUAAAGACUCUUUGCAAUGUAAUUCUUUAAUGCCAUUUUUAAUUGCAGACAUUUAAAGAAGACGUUAAUAUGUUUUUCAGUCAUUUUCUACUGUUAUUGUAAUCCUUUUCAUGCUGGUGUUUGUAAAAAAGAAAAAGAAAUCAAACUAUUUGUACUAAUAUAAAUAAUUGAAGUUAUUUUUAAAACAUUAAAAGGUUUUGUGCUCAUUUGUUUAUUUCAAGCUACUGUGAUUGCAUUGUAAUUAUUAGGUCAAUAAUGUAUUUAGCUGUUUAUUGGUAUAUUUUUAAUUGGAAUGUAUAAUUUUUAUAAUUUUGAUCAGAUUUUUGUUAUAUUUUUGAGGUGAAGCUUUUAAAGUGUCUAGUUUUUACUAAUUGCUAUAUUGUGCUCCACAAUAUAUGAUUAACAUUUUCUGAAGGAAAAUAAAUAUUUAAAUAUUUGUCUGUUAAUGAUGUUAUACUUAAUGGCAAAAUUUCAAUAGUUUUUAACUGUGUAUGGGAAGGUUGUUGUAUUUAUUAAUAGCAUUUUUUACUUAAGAUAUCACCUUAAUUUCUAUUGUCAUUUCACUUUAUAAGUUCCUAUUUUUGUAUUUUCCUUUCUAAUUAAGUUAUGUAAUACAAAAUGUCCAUAUUUCUAGGAGUUGGUCUGUAGCAGUGCUAGUGAAACGAAAAAUAAAAUUCUGUUAUUUAAUUGUUUGCAGCCAACUAUUUAUAACAGUGCAUCAUUUUGAAAUAUUUGUAAUGUGAAAUGUUGAAUGAAUAAAACUUAACUGUGAUAA